AUAUUUUUCGUCUCAAUCAUGGCGACCGCGAAUUUACAAAUUUCUCCACUUUGAUUGGAUUUUGCGUCGCCUCCCAUUAUUAAGGGGCGUAACCAUACAAAUCCGUUGCUUAAGAAUGCCUUCCGGAAGGAACAAGGAUAGGAAAGAAGACACUUGGAAAGAAUCAGAUUUAAAGAAAUCUAUUAAGGAAGCCAAUGAUGAGAAGCCACAUAAAAAGCACCGGGACAAGGACAGGGAGAGGGAACAUCGCAAGAAAGACCGCCACAAUGAGGAUAUAAAUGGUGAAGAUAAAGAAAAGAAACAUAGAAGGAGAAAAGAUGAGAAUGAGGGGGGCAGUAGGGAGAGGAGGCAUAAAGAGCGGAGAGAAAGGCAUGAUGAAAAUGGGGAUGAUGACAGAGAAAGGAGACAUAGAAGAUCUAAAGAUGCUGAAGAGGAUGAUGAUGAAAGGAGGAAGAGGAAAGAAGAGAGACGUAAGAGAAAGGAAGAAGAUGGUGAUAGGGAUAAGGACAAAGAGAGAAGACGUCGGAAGGAAAAUGAAGAGAAUGGAGAUGACAGAGAACAUAGAAGACGUAAAAAGGAGAAUGAUGGUGAUGAUGAUAAAGAGAGGAGGAGACGCCAUAGAGAUAAAGAAAAUGAUGAUAGAGAUGAUGAUAAAGAGAGAAGACGACGACAUAGAGAUAAAGAAAACGAUGAUGGAGAUGAUGAUAGAAGAAGGAGGCAUCGUGAAAAAGAUGAGGAGGGAGAUGAUAAGGAAAGGAGGAGACGUCACAGAGAUAAGGAGAAUGAAACGGAGGAGGAGAGAGAGAAAAGGAGAGAGAGAAGGAAACAUAGGGAAGAUGAGGAUGAUGAUGAGAGGAGGAUGCGAAAGGAAGAGAAAAGGAGGAACAAAGAUGGAGAGGAUGACAAGGAUAAAGAGAGGAAACAUAGGAGAGACAGAGAUAAUGAUGAUGAAAGAAAGCAUAGGAAGCACAGAGAUGAAGAAGAUGAUGGCGAUAGAGAGAGACGAAGAGCAGAAAGAAAGGAGAGGAAGAAGAGAGAAGAGAGUCAGAAUAUAGGGGACCAGGAAGUCUCUGAAAAGUCAGGGAAGCACAGAGAUAGGGACAAGAAGUCAAGGAAAGAUGAGGGAUCAAGGAAAUCUGAUGUAACAUUUAAAGCUGCUUCUAAACACUCGGAAGAUGCUGCUGAGAUUGAGCACUAUGAACCUCCUACUCCAGUACAGUCAGACACAGUGGUCAAUAUGGGCAGCAAUGAUGCUAACGAAGAUGAAUAUAAUUACGAUGAUGACUUUGAGGAUUAUGAGGAUGAUUUUGAGGAUGAUGAUGAUAAUGAACAAAAGGGUAGUGGUGUGACUUUGUCUCGGAGCUCAGAAACUAAAUCCCCAGGCUACUAUAAGUCAUUUGGAUGGGAUGCGAGCGCAGCUUCAAAUUCAGAGAUGGACGAGAUCAUGAAAGCCAUGAAUGAAGAAAAUGACAGAUUGAUGUCAGAAUCUCGGAAAAGUAACUGGUCUGAUUCAACUGAUGUUUCUGAUGAACGAAAAAUCUCAAGACCUACAACGGGUCACAGUCGGACAUUUAUCAACUUUGUUUCUGCCAAGCAGAGACAAAUUAGCCAAAAAGUAGCAAAUAAAACCAAAAAGCGGAGCGAGGAAUUAAGUGCCAUGAUUGAUCUAGAUGUAGCUGGUUUUGAGAUGUUUGAUAUGCCCCCUGUAAAGGAAUAUGAGCUUUACAUGAGAAGUUUUGGCAGGUCUAAUACCACACAGGCUUACAUCCAGACAGGGGAUGAUGAUGUUGAUCGUGAGAUUCAAACAGAGGAGAUUGACACCAGAGACAAGUGGAGUCAACAUCCUGGGGAGGGAACAAAAUCUUCUGGGGGGGCAGAAGGGGAAGUGGGAGCAGAUAAUGAGGAAGAGAAAGAAAAACCAGUAGAUGUUCAGAGUCUUGGUAAAUUCCUGGCUAAAGCAGGUCAGGCGAUAAGUGUGCUAUUGGAGGAGCAAUCUGCAUUGGACCAUCAACUCCAGGCAUCAGAAAGUAGAUCCAACAUUCCAUUUAGUGACAGCUACACCAUACUUGGCAAUACUCCAUUUUUACAAGGUAGACAAGUAAUACAUAGUCAAUUUGCAACUAUGCAGAGCAAUCUAUUCCUUGCUGUAUAUAGUCGACCAAAACAGGUUUCCCCUGGAGAUAUUUUAUCAAACAAAGGCCUGGUGUGUUUGUGGAAUAUACAUGAACCAUCAGCACCUCAAAAAAUUCUGGCCUGUGAGUCACAACCAACCUGCUGCUGUUUUAGUCCCAACAAAGCCCAUCUGGCUUUUGCUGGAAUGAGUGAUGGUUCUCUUGUUGUGUGGGACCUGAGGGAGAACCCAUCCCUACAUAAGCACAUCACACUGGCAGACAAAGAGUGGCUUGUUAGAUAUCCAACAUAUAGUACAGCUGGAAUAUUGCAGUAUGAUAACCACAACAGUGCAGUGACAUCUAUAUUGCCUGUGAUCUCACCACAGGACAAGGUCUCAAAAGGCAGUCAUGCAAGUGACAGUGAUGGACUGGGGUCAGGUCUUUCCUUUCAACUAGCCAGUAUGGAGGAGCAGGCGGUCCUGAAUCUAUGGGUUGUUGCUGAGAUUGUAACUGCUGAUGAGGCAGGGUCUGAGUCUGACCUGGGGCUGGCACCUGGAGGAAGAAUCAAACUGCUCAAGAGCUCAGCUGUACAUUUAGAAAACCCUGUAAAGACAUUUAAAGCAUCACUGAGGGCAUAUGAAAUGCAACUCUUGCCCUCUGAUCCAAGUCACUUCUAUGUUGGCACAGAUUCUGGCUAUGUGGUGCAUGGAGUGAGAUAUGGAGGCAAGGCACCCCCUAAAGGUUAUAAACCAGAAAUAGAAGCUCCUGUUGAAGUGUUCUGUCUGGACUUCAAUCCAUUCUCCUUCCCAAUCUUUCUGGCUGGCUGUGCAGAUGGUAGUAUACGCCUACACAACAUACAUUCAGAAAAUGCUGCAAUAUGCUGGGCAGACUCAACAGAGGGGAGGUCUAUUGUGUCUGUCCACUGGUCACGGAGCAGGCCUUCUAUGUUCUAUGCAGUUGAUACUGACUCUAUGAUUUAUGCCUGGGACCUCCUAAUGGACGAUGCCUGUCCUAUACAAGUACAUGAGAUAUCUGAUGGAUUAACAUCAGUGUGUCUCUGCAAUGAUCAUAAAGCAACCAAUAAAGUGAGUCCAGGCCAAAAGCCUCAAAUGGCUUUAUGCAGAUCUGAGGGUAACGUUGAGAUACACAGCUUUAAGCAGGAAUUCUCAGCUCAGGGGACUGAUGAAUUGACCACGUUCCAAAACUACUUAGACAGGAUUAUAUGACUUUGAGUUUAGAUAUAUGAGGUUGGGCUCGAUUACAUGAGAUUUAUUGGAAUAAUUUGAACUUCAUGUAUCAAUCAAGGUGUAGUUCGCUGUCGCAGUAGUUACCAGAUGAAUUGUGGCCUACAGAUGACCUUAAUACUCAAACCACAUGCAGGGUGACUUGCCCCUAAUCCAAGUCAUAAAUUCUUGCAUUUACUGUGCCAAGUGGUUCUUGGUCUCAAGCCGAAAUAGUCAUUGCAUUUGAUAUUGUGACAUUUUAAGGAUGGCACAAUAACAACUUUACAUUGUAUUCCAUCCAGGCAUGAUUUACUCUGCACAUCCGUCCAAACAUUCUUUGACUGACCAUUAGGCCUAUAUGUAUAUGUUAGGAGUAUUACUUUAUGAUUUUUGUUUCAAAAAUUGAAUGAUGAAUCACUAUUGGGUCUACAUGUAAAAAUCUUGAUAUAAUUUUCACAAACUUUGUAUUAUAUACUUUACAAGCAGAAUGAACACCUUGUUUCUAACUAAAAACAUAUGUGUAAACUGUGAUAUCUAAUUGCAUGAACGGGCUGACUCGAUACUUUGUCAUAAUAAAGUCAUCUUUCACUCAUUUAUGUAAAAACUAUUUACAGAUUUACAUUGAUCUACGUACAUGUAUUUUUAAUUCGAUGGUUGUUUCAACCUAAAAACAAAUGUGAGCAAAAUUAGGGAUGUACGCCAUCUUAAUAAUUAUUCAACAGGCUACAAAAGAUCUCAUUCUUUACAAAAUAAAAGAUAUAUUUAUAUUGAGGAACAAUCAUACAGGGUGUCCAAAAAACAGGACUGUAAGAAAGUU